GUUGAGUCUGCGACGUAUACAUUUCGGAAUGCAAGUAGUGACCAGUGAAAAGAUGGUGCUUUAAUGGUUGAGACAUUCGUUCCGUGGUCGUUCCUAGCCGACAAACCGUGGUUGCCAGCCAUAUUGUUUUACCGCAGUGUUUGUUUUGGUGCAGCCUAGUCAGAAUACGAAGAAAUCCGAGGGGAUCGACACGAAGGAAGACAGAAGAAUUAGAGUGCAGUUAAAGAAACUACUCAGGCAGUGCGCGUAUACGGUGGUUUUGCUGUAUUUUUCGGCAUAAUCAUCGUAGCUCGCGGGCUAAGCCCAUAAUCUGAGUGUCAGUUGUGAACAGGACGGUAAAGGAGAGAAAUGGCCUGCGCCACUCUAAAGAGAUCUUUGGAGUUCGACCCGGUACAUAGUCAUGGUCGUCCUAGUAAACGACGAAGAUGUGUACCAAUGUGUGUUUCCCCCGGUACAUCCACUCAAGCUAAUUCCAGGCCACAGAAUCCUUCGCCUUUUGGCGAAGUAACCCAUAAACUGACGCCUGAAAAGAUGGCAGCCAACAUAAGAGAAGAGAUCCGGAGACUGCAUCGACGCAAACAAUUGCAUUUUAGUCCUCAAAGCAAUACUGGUGAUUCUUCAGACAUGGAAGGCCCUGCCAGUCCUUCAAGCCCAUCUGCUUGUGGUUCAAAUUCAUGUAGUUAUAGCCCUAGUGGAAAAGAGAAACCUUUAUUUACAUUCAGACAGGUGGGAUUGAUUUGUGAACGAAUGCUUAAAGAGCAGGAGACACAGAUUCGAGAAGAAUAUGAUCAUAUCUUAAAUAUGAAGCUUUCUGAGCAAUAUGAUGCUUUUGUUAAAUUUACCUAUGAUCAGAUACAAAAGAGAUUUGAAUCUGCAGCUGCGCCAAGUUAUCUAUCCUAAAACAAGAUUCUUAUUUAUAAGGAUAAUAUGUUUCUGUGAAGAAUAUUAGAUUUCUACCAUGUGAGAAAAAUUUUGCUUGAAAUUUAAAUCGAGGUAUGCAGCACCACCUUGUUCAAGAACAUCUUUAAAGAUUCAAACUACGACUUACAUUGAGAAAAAUGUGUCUGGUAAAAACAAAAAAAAGAAAAAAGAAAAAAAUUAGUGAUGUAAGUUUAGUAGGUUUGCAGUAAACAGCAAUCGUACUACAAAAAUCUACAGUGUAUACUAUUGAAACUAACAAUAUUUGUACUGGCCGAUGUUAGAAAUGCGCUGGUAUCAGGGAACUGUAACGAGAUUUUAGUUAUGUACAAACAUGAAUACAUAUAGGAGUUAUAUGCAGUGCAUGACUAUGCUUGGAGUCAAGAACUUGACUUGCACAGGGUUCUGUAAUAUCACGUAACUGAUUAAAAAUAGAUAAAAAAAAUGUUCAUUUCUCGCACAUUUUAACAGCAUGUGUUAAGAAAUGACAAGCAAUGAUGCAAAUAAUUCCUUGUUAAUUUAAUAAUACAUGUAUUAGAUAUUGCUCAACCAUAUGCGAAUACUCUUGUAAUGCAAACAUAAAACUGUAUAUUGAGGUUUUUGGCAGAAAGUACUGUGCAUAUGAAGAGAGAUUACGUAAUUAAAACAUAUAUCUCUUGGGGAAAGUUGUUUUCGUUGAAUCUUAGUUAUAUUUAAUUUUUGUAAAAUAUAAGAUAAAUAUACGCAAUGUAUUUUGAAAAUCUUAUUUUAAUCAUUGCGAUAUGAAAUAUUUGUUUUUGCGUGUAUGAUUUAUUGCAUAUGUAAAUUUUCAAUGUAAGCAACAUUUCCCCAAAAAUGGAUGUGUUCGAACUUAAAUGACGUACAUAACUUGUAGAACUAAAUUAUCAAUAAUACUUUGUUCCUUGUUGAGAUUAAGAACUAAUCUUUGAAAUCUCAAAUAAAUUAUUCGUGAAUAGAUUAUUGAUUUGUCAUGAUUACUUAAAUUUUGUUGAGUUUUUAUUAUGUGUUAGCAUUUUUUUUAGCAAAAACAUCAUCUUGUUUAAAAUACAAAUAUAAAAAUUUGUAAAGAAUUCAAGAUAAGGUAUAGUAUGUAGCAUUGUACGAACAUAUUGUCAAAAAUGAAUAUUUGAAAUAAAGAUUUCAUAAAAUUUCGCAAAUAUUUCUGUUCCCUGGUAGCAACGACUUUCUUUAGCAUAAUAAAGCAGUAAAUAAUGGAUAUAUAAUACCUAUACCUUUAUUGUGCCUGUUAUUAGACAUGUUUAUCGCGAUAAUUCUACUAUAUCUAAUGUUAUCGAUUUUUAAAUUUUUAGUUUAUAACCCUUCAUUUUUAUAUCAUAUCUCGCGUUUCCUUGCUUUUUUUUGGUUUUCAAAAAAAAAAGGUUUAAAUAUAAUAUGAAUGAGGCUUUCUUGGUUGCUGCAUGCAUUUUGUUCUGUUAUAAGAUGACAUUCACUCAUUUUAAAAAACCGUUAGGCAUGAACAAGUAUUUAGCCAAAAGAAUUACUGUGACCAUGUUAUGAUUUAUUUUUAUUACUACUUAACAUUUAUAUAUUGACAAAAUUUUAAUUCUUUAUCUGUAAAAUCACAUUUUGGAACGGGGCAUUAAGAAUUGCCUUAUUCAUUCCCAAAAAGGUGUCUUUUAGUUACCAGAACAAUUUGGGAACACAAUAUUAGUGUUCAUACUUUCAUACAACAAUAUACAUGAUAUGUCAAGUGUUUGCUGACUGCUGAAUGUAAAAAAAGGAAGGAAUAUAAGUGGUUCUAACUGUCAAUAAUAAGUAAUAUCUACUUCAGAAAAAUAUUGUUUACCAUUAAGAAAAAUUUUGUGAAAAUAUACCGAUGAGAUUCCUUAUGAAUUCAAAGGAUUUAAUUUCAAUUAAAAUACCUCCAUAUUACAUUAUGUAAGCACUUAUUAUUGAAAUAAAUAUAAAUAUAAGACUGA